AUGGACCGUGGCGCCGUUGAUAACCCUUUCAAGGACUGGAACGUUGUAUUCCUCCCAUACUGCACAGGAGACCUCUUCGUGGGCAACACGCAGCUCGAGGCCUCCGAAAGCGCGUACAAUCAGGCACUAGGUAACAAGCAGUGCCUCGGCCAAAAUCGCAGCAUGCACCUGAACGGCUACAAUAAUGCAAAGGCUGUGCUGGACUGGGCGCUUGAAAACUUCCCUGACCCAAAGCAGUUGGCUAUCGGUGGCUAUAGCGCAGGGUCGCUAGGCGCACAACUUUGGUCGGCGAAGGUUGCUGACAUGUGGAAGGUCGAGCAAAAGUCGACGAAGUUCCAGGUGCUGGCGGAUAGCUACGUCGGCGUCUUCCCGGAGCACAAGGCAGCAGCUAGUUCCCUUGUGAAUUUCUACGGCGGCUGUGACGUUGACUUGCAUUUUCCCGAGUCGAUGGCGGCGGAAUGCAAGGCGGGCACGGCUACGGCCACUGCCCUGGUCGACGCCCUUAUUAAGGAAACCCCCAAGAGUGAGUGGUUGUUCAUCGACAGCACCGCUGACCGCACUCAGCGAAAGUUUUACGAAUUGGUGCGGCUGGGCAUCGCGGGCUACCCAUUCACGACUCUUCUUGAUGCUGGCGAGUUCUUCGGUAAUCUGACGCAGAUUUUGGACUCGCACGCGCAGCUGACGAACGUGACGCGCUUCAACAUCGAUAGCGAGCAGCAUGUGUGGCUGAAGUCGGCGGAAUACGCGACCGCUACCAGCGUGGACGGCGCCGUGCUGGGCAAUGUGCUCUCGGAGUGGCUGGGUGCACCUUCAACGAACGCGAGCAACCCGCAGGUUGGUCAAUAGAGGCUGCGCAACUUGGCAA